AUGGAAAAACAAGCAGUCAUUGAAGUUAAAAAUGUUAAUAAAAUUUAUGGUGGUAAAAGGGUUUUAAAAAAUGUCUCUUUUGAAGUUAAGCCAGGUAUUCAUGGUUUUAUUGGACCUAAUGGAGCGGGUAAAACUACUACUUUGGGAAUAAUCGUUAGAUUAUUAGUGGCCAAAGAUCCAAGUUUUAACGAACAUCUUGGUUUUGUUCCGGCGGAACCUUUGUUUCCUCCAAUAACCGUUGAAACUUAUGUGUUGGAUUGCGGUUAUUUGCGGGAUAUUCCCCAAGAGGAAGUUUUGGCUAAAUUAAACAGUUCUCCGUUGGCGGCUCAUAAGAAUAAAAAGUGUCACGAACUUUCUACGGACGAGCCUUUUAAUGGUUUAGAUCCUACUUUUCGAAAGGAUUUAUUUGAUAAUCUUAUCCACAUUAAAAAACAGGGAGGAACCAUUUUGAUUUCUACCCACAUUCUAUCUGACUUACAAAAAUUAGCCGAUGAAAUUACCAUGAUUAGAGAUGGUGAAAUUGUGUAUAGCGGACCAAAAACUGACGAUAUCGAAAAAACUUAUGAAGAUUACUUUGUUAAACAAAAAAAAGGAAUUUUACUGACAGGUCUAGCCAAUCGCGAAAAUCAUUCGAGAGAAAAUAAAGAAAAUUUACUUUCGCUACAUAAAUUGGUUUAUCAAGGCUAUUUUCUUAAAAGUGAGGAAACUAUUAAACAAAUGAAAGAGUAUUAUAUUGACAAAUCAGGCUAUUCUCCAAAGCGGGAAAAGAAAGCUCGUAAAGAUUUAGAAAAAGGUUUUAAUUUCAUUUUUGGUGAUUUAUUCGAAAAUCUAGGACUUCCUUUUAGAACUCCUUAUGACUAUAAUUUGGUUGAAUUUGCUUCUCCGCGGGGCUGGAAGGAAUUAAGCACUUAUCAAAUGUGA